AUGGAGAUGGAGAUCGAUCUCACCCCAGGUGAGUCGAGGGGAUACUGGAAGUAUCACACUCCGCAAAUUUGGUUCAAACAAGCGAAAGAAGUGGGCGAGAUCAACAAUGAGAUGGCCACUUUUCUGUUUGACUCUAGUGCGGCAAUCUCGAAUAUCGACACAACCUCUGCUCGUAAGGUUGGGUGUGUGAUAGACGAGAACCAAACACAAGAAUGGGUUGGGAUCAAAGAGAUUACUUAUAUGACGGUGGGACGGACCAAGAUCAAGAUCACACUGAAUGGAUCACUAGUGUAUUAUUUUAAUGUCUGGGUUGGGUUCAAGUCGGUCAAGAAGCUAUACUAG